AUGACUGUUGUUCGAACUGUUUCCUAUAGAUACAUCAUUAAUGGUCAAGUGAGUGAGAUUGUUAAGGCAAAACGGGGGUUACGACAGGGGGAUCCUGUCUCACCCUUGCUUUUUGUUCUUGUAAUGGAGUAUUUACACAGAUGCUUGGCUGGAUUGAAAGAAACACCUGGCUUUACACAUCAUCCGAGAUGUGCUAAAUUUAAUAUCACAAAUAUAUGUUUUGCUGAUGAUUUAAUGUUGUUUUCAAAGGGGGAGGAUCAACAAACAAUUCUGAGGACAACACAGUUUGUGGAAGGCAAGCUACCUGUUAGAUAUUUGGGGGUUCCCCUCUCAAGCCGUAAGAUUUAUAUUGCGCAGUGUCAACCGUUAAUUGAUAAAAUGACGAUGAGGAUACAACAUUGGUCAGUCAAAUUGCUCAGCUAUGCGGGGCGGCUACAACUGAUUAACAGCGUGUUCAUGGCUAUUUCAAAUUAUUGGAUGCAAGCUUUCCCGAUCCCGAAAAAAGUAAUUGCUAAAGUAGAAAGUAUCUACAAGAAUUUUCUCUGGUCAGCAAAGGCAGAAGCUAGGAAAGCUUAUGUGUCAUGGGAGAAUCUACGUGAGCCAAAAAAUGCUGGGGGACUACAUGUCAGAGACUUACAGUUAUGGAACACGAUCAUGAUGAUAAAGCUUCUAUGGAAUAUCCAUAUGAAGAUGGAUAAACUGUGGAUUAGAUGGCUGGAUUCUUAUUUUAUGAAAGGCACACCAAUUUUACAAUGGUUGACUAACAAGAUAUGGAAAGAGAUGUUGGAAUGGAAUGGUUAUGAUAGAAGCAUUCGACAAUGGCCACAAGAGCAGAAUUGGUUGAUUCAAGAAAUGGGGAAGAAAGGUUGGCGGAGGGAGAUUCUCAUAGUAACCUUGACGGAGACGGUUUACCAAAUCUGGUUGUGUAGAAAUGAGGCAGUCUUCAAUAACAUCCUGCCAAGAGUUGACAUUACUAAAGCCAUACAGGAAAGAGUUGUGCAUAGAUGCCUUCCACAUAGAAAAUUAAAUCCUCAUGUUAAUGGAAGUGCUAUGAGGCUUAGUUAG